ACAGCAUCAGCUCACCAAUGCAGAACAAAGUAAGCAUGACUGCUAUCUUCCUGAUAUCCAUGCUUUUUGGCCUUCUGUGUGGGCAAGCAACGUCUUUUUGUAUUCCAACUGAGUAUAUGAUGCAUGUUGAAAGGAAAGAGUGUGAUUAUUGCCUAACCAUCAACACCACCAUCUGUGCCGGAUAUUGUAUGACACGGGAUAUCAAUGGCAAGCAGUUUCUUCCCAAAUAUGCCCUGUCCCAGGAUGUUUGUACAUAUGGAGACUUCAUAUACAAGACUGUAGAGAUACCAGGAUGCCCACGCCAUGUUAGUCCUUAUUUCUCCUUCCCUAUAGCUGUAAGCUGUAAGUGUGGCAAGUGCAAUACUGACUAUAGUGACUGUGUACAUGAGAUCACCAAGACAAACUACUGUACCAAACCUCAGCAGUCCUAUUUGGUGGGAGUUUCUAUCUAACUUCAAUAGACUGUAAUGUGCAAUGCAGUUAAAUGUGUUUUCCUGGAAUAAAGCUAAAAAUAUAUCAAUAUAUUUCACAAUACAUUGUG